AUGGAUAAAGGUACUUCAUCUUCAAUAAGUGACUCAUCUUUAAUCAGUAACUCAUCAUCAAGCAGUAAGUCAUCAUCUAGCAGUAACACAACUUCGGAUACAGACAACAGUUCACAACAUUCUAAAACCGAUCCUUAUGGAUCAGAUGACAGCAUCGCAGAUCCUCUUUUUAAUCCACCUGAAAGGCAAGUUAAAAUAACAACAGGUAACGCAUUAAAGAAAAGAAAAGUUAAAGAGCCUUCAAACCAUGAAAAGGUAGGUAGGAAGAAACUUCGGCAGCCUGCAACGUGGCAACAGUUGGCAACUAUUUAG